AUGGGGUCGCAGACCUCAGCAAAUCGCGAAGAAAACGCUGUCGCACUGCAGACUGUUGACAGUCUAGAGGAUAAGCCAACCGAGCCAGCCAGCAACCUCUCUUCAGACGCCUGUCACACCGUGGAUGAAGUGGAAGCUGAACAUUAUACAGUAACGCGAGAUGCUGUGUCCACCGAUGCCCCCUAUAGCAUCUUCCCAACGGGCGAGAAACUCUUGGUUAUCAUCGGAGGCUCGUUGGCGGGUCUGAUCUCCCCUCUUUCCAGCAGCAUCUACUUGCCGGCUCUGAAUUCACUCGCGCAAGAUAUGCGUGUUUCAGUGUCAUUGAUCAACUUGACCAUUACCACCUAUCUCAUCUUUCAAGGAUUGGCACCGUCGUUUAUCGGUAGCUUCUCGGAUAUCUAUGGACGGCGUCCGGCAUACAUAAUUGCCAUGAUAAUUUAUCUAGGAGCUAACAUUGGACUUGCGUUGCAGAACGACUAUGUCUCUUUGCUGGUCUUGCGCUGCGUGCAAUCGUCCGGGAGCAGUGGAACCAUCGCACUAGGCAGUGCGGUCGUGACCGAUCUGUCAACUCGAGCUGAACGUGGAAAGUACAUUGGUUAUGCAGGCCUUGGCAUCGCGUUGGGUCCAGCUCUUGGGCCCGUCAUUGGAGGACUGCUAGAUCAUUUUCUCGGCUGGAGGUCCAUUUUCUGGUUUCUGGUUAUCCUGUCCAGCGUAUGCUUUACUCUCAUAUUGGUUGGAUUUCCAGAAACUUGCCGGGCUGUUGUGGGAAAUGGUUCAUUGCCCCCCCCAAGGUGGAAUCGUCCUCUAUGGGCCCUCAUGGCACGAAGCUCGCGGUUCCAUACAAUGUCAGAAGCACCCGACUAUACCACCAUUCAGAGUUUGAAACGUCGUCCUAAUCCAAUUUCGUCUCUGAAAAUUGCUACACAAAGAGAAUCAGGUCUUAUUUUAAUGUACGGAGCUCUUCUCUAUGCUGGCUACAUAGCAGUACUCAGUACUCUUUCCACACAGCUAUCAAGCCGGUUUGGGUUUAAUUCAAUUGAAAUCGGUCUUUGCUAUCUCCCACUUGGUGUGGGGAGCAUGAGCUCACGGUGGACGGUGGGCAGGCUACUGGAUUGGAAUUUUCGUCGCGAAGCACGCCGGCAGGGGAUAGCAAUUCGGAAAAAUCGGCAACAAGAGAUCCUUCAUUUCAACAUUGAACGCGCACGUCUGUUCAUCACUCUACCUAUGAUCUACGUUUCUAGCCUUUGUAUCCUUGCUUACGGAUGGGUUAUGGAGUAUCGGACUCCCCUACCUGGUCCUCUCGUGAUGUUAUUCCUGACGGGGCUUACCACCACUGGGGCAUUCAACACUCUGAAUACUUUAGUGGUAGAUAUCAACUACGAGACCCCAGCUACCGCUGUUGCCGCUAACAACCUUUUUCGUUGCCUAAUGGGUGCCGGGGCCACAGCCAUUGUGGGUCCAUUAAUCAAUGUUAUUGGAAUUGGAUGGACGGGAACCAUCAUUGCAGGCGUCUGGAUUCUUUUCAGUCCAGGUUUGUGUACAGUUCUAUGUCUUGGUCAUAGCUGGCGACAAGAAAAGCCGGACAAUCGGCAAGGCGGACAGUGA